AUGGCAUAUGAGUACCAGUUUGGAGUAUGUACAGGACUGUUCUCUUGCAACUGCAACCUGCAUGCCAGGAGGUGUCGUUUUAACAUGGAACUCUACAAACUAUCUGGUCGCAAGAGUGGAGGUGUUUGUCUUAAUUGCCGGCACAACACAGCAGGACGUCACUGUCACUACUGCAAGGAGGGCUACUAUCGGGACAUGACAAAACCAAUCACUCACAGGAAGGCAUGCAAAGCAUGUGAUUGCCAUCCCGUGGGUGCAGCUGGAAAAACCUGUAAUCAAACCACAGGGCAAUGUCCCUGCAAAGAUGGCGUGACGGGCAUAACUUGCAAUCGAUGUGCCAAAGGUUACCAGCAAAGCAGAUCUCCCAUUGCCCCCUGCAUAAAAAUUCCUGUUGCUCCUCCCACUACUGUGGCCAGCAGCACAGAAGAACCUGAAGACUGUGAUUUCUAUUGCAAGGCAUCCAAAGGGAAGCUGAAGAUCAACAUGAAGAAGUAUUGCAAGAAAGACUAUGCUGUCCAGAUCCACAUCCUAAAAGCAGACAAGGCAGGAGAAUGGUGGAAGUUUACAGUCAAUAUCAUCUCUGUGUACAAGCAAGGGACAAACCGGAUACGGCGUGGUGACCAGAUCCUCUGGAUACGCUCCAAGGACGUUGCCUGCAAGUGCCCCAAAAUCAAACCUAUGAAGAAAUACUUGCUGCUGGGACAUGAUGAGGACUCUCCAGACCAGAAUGGCAUUGUGGCGGACAAAAGCAGCCUUGUGAUACAGUGGAGAGACACAUGGGCUAGGCGGCUGAGGAAGUUCCAGCAACGGGAAAAGAAGGGGAAGUGCAAGAAAGCUUAG